AUGGCAUUGACAGGAGUGUUCAUUCUCCCUAUAGCUCCUGGCCAGUCUUCGCCAUCUUCGGCUCUCAUCUCUCACAUCUCGCGCUCAUUUCCAGCCGAACCUCUUCCGCCCUUCCACCUUGACCACCGCCACUUCGUCGACACCUCCCAUCUGCUCCCCAACUCUGACAUAUCCCAACGCAAGUCGGCCAGUAUUCUGACUCUAUCGCACACGCCUUCCAAGACAUAUGUCGCCAUAUCAUCCCCGAAAGAGGACUCUCAGGCGGCUGAACACUUGGCGUCCCCCUCACUUACCACCAUCACCAUCCCUUCGAGCUCCGCAGACCCAUUCACCCAACUCAUCGGAACAAAGCUCCAACCACAAUGGGCGCACCGGCAGUCCCUGGUCAUAGACAACGGCACCGCACUAUCCCUAGACGGUGGCGAGUGGACCAUCCGUAUCGGAGAUCUAAAGACUCCCUCUCGACCAAACCAAGCUAGCUCCAACCUUAGAGGCAUGGUCGUGGAGGUCUCCUUCGUUGGGUCCCCCGCCGACACAACGCACAAUCAGAGUCCAGAUGAUGCUCCAAAAGGUGUUGAUGGGAAGGUUGUGAGCAAAGAAGACGAGACCCUGUUACGUGGGUUGCUCGACUCGGUCACCGAUGGCAGCGGAGUACCCUCGAUCCACAACCUCGAAACUACUCGGUCUUUGAUUCGACGCACGAAGGCUCACGCGACAGAUAUCGACACCGGGGACACCUCGCCGGACUGGGAUCUGGCACAUUUGUAUUUGGACGUCCUUCGAGGAUCAAGAGGGUGA